AUGGAGUUUAAUCUUACUCGGCUACCGGCGGGACGAUCUCCACCGAGCUCCAAACAGGACCUCCCAACAUUCAACCCCAACCUGAAACCCAACCAGGUCAGCGAGACCGCCCUGUAUGGAAUACCCAUAGUCUGCCUGGUGCUAGAUGGCCAGGAGAGACUGUGCCUGGCGCAGAUCUCCAACACCCUGCUGAAGAACUACAGCUACAACGAGAUCCACAACCGGCGCGUGGCUCUGGGCAUCACCUGCGUGCAGUGCACCCCGGUCCAGCUGGAGAUACUGAGGCGCGCGGGCGCCAUGCCCAUCUCCUCGAGGCGCUGUGGGAUGAUCACAAAGCGCGAAGCCGAGAGGCUUUGUAAAUCGUUUCUUGGAGCCCACAACCCUCCAAGACUACCGGAGAAUUUCGCGUUUGAUGUUUCCCACGAGUGCACGUGGGGGAGCCGUGGUAACUUUAUACCAGCCAGGUACAACAGCUCCCGAGCCAAGUGCAUCAAGUGUUUCUACUGCAAUAUGUAUUUUUCACCAAAUAAGUUCAUAUUCCACUCUCACCGUACAUCAGAGUCCAAGUAUACCCAGCCAGACGCUGCUAACUUUAACUCCUGGAGGAGACACCUCCAACUGACUGACAAGGGCUCACCGGAUGACGUAGCUCAUGCGUGGGAGGACGUCAAAGCCAUGUUCAACGGGGGCAACCGGAAGAGGACGCUGCCCAUGCACAGCCACGGGUCCGAACGUUCCUCUCCGUUAAAACCUCACCAAGAACCUUUCAACCUGCCCCGGAGAGACUCACCGGAGACCCCCCCUAAAAUCGUCCGCUGCGAGGACAACCGGGGAGGCAUGGGGAGUGUGACGAGCAUCACGCGCAGCUAUCCCGUUAUCCCGGUGCCCAGCAAAAGCUUCGGGAUGCUGCAGAACGUGAAGAUCCCUCCACCUCUCUUCCCACACCCCUACGGGUUUCCGGUUCCGGCCUUCGGGUUGUGUCAGAAGAAGGGUGACGGUGGUGUGAUGGGGGAGCCAAAUAAAGCCCACCUCUCUGGGGUCUUCUCCUGGCCUCGCACCAAGGACAGCGCCUACCACUCUUUCCCCAUGUUCUGGCCAACUGCAGACGGCCUCCCCAUGCCGUCCUACCCCCACCCCCACCUCCAGCCACAGCGCCAGGCCCAGCCCAAGCAGCCCUCGGCGGUCCUGUGCGCCAGACAGAGUGAGCUGGACGCAUCCGAGCAGGGUGACAGAAAUAAUAACACACCGAAGAACAGCCUGGUGGACAGUGAGCGUUGCUCCAGCACUCAGUCCACCCGGAAUGAGGACAACAAGUCCGGGGAUGAGGCGAGGUCAAUGGACGGUAUAAUGCCCCUUCUACCCGAGAAGGUUAGCUAUGUCUCCGCAUUCAGACCCGUCAUCAAAGACGCUGAGAGUAUAGCCAAACUUUACUGUAACCGGGGGAAGUACAACGGGACUCGAGCUGGGUAUCUGUCACCUGAUUUCCUGAGCGAGAGCUCGAGCUACAGGUCCUUGUCCCCAUGCAGCGUGGACAGCGUUGGCGAGCCAGAUGUGGACGUGGAGACCAAUAAAUCACAGGAGGAUGAGGAGUCACUUCCGCACUCCAUUGAGGACUGCAGGAGCCCCCCUAUCCCUCUUCUAAACCUGACGGGCGGCGCAGGUUCACCAAACGGCCUGGAAUCCGUCCCAGAGCCGGAGCAGGCCGCUGUGGUCGACUCACAGAGAAUGAACCUACCACUACACGUGGUGCUGUCUUCAAAUAGAGAUAGACAGGGCAAACAGCUGCCGGACAGCAAUAAGACCACGUCUUUUGUUGAAGUGAGUGAUUGAUAUGGGCCUGCUCAUUAUAUGAAAUGACCAUUUACAUACUAAGGAAUAUACUUUUUAGUUGUUAUUAAUUCAUUGAUUAAUUAAAAAGUCAUCAUCCUCUUGCUUUUACCCACACAUUGGGCUCAUCUUUUAUUUUAUGCACGUGUUUGUUUUGUCUGUGUGAAUAGCAGAUAAUCAAAGACCGUUCAAAGACACUAUCCAAUAGUCGAAUUUGUCCCAAUGUCAGAGAGUAUUAUUGAAUGCAAUUCACCAACUAUCCUCAGUAUCCUGUCCGAUUUAUCUAGGUGUAUUCACCGGACAGGAGUGAUAUGCAACAAAGGAGAAGUCCAUAUGCUUUUGGUUCAGCAACGAAUUACCAGACAGACAAUGUGGAAUCGAAAGGUUGGAUGUCGUUCUGUUAACAUUUUUAUAAUAAAAUACAUUUUGUGAAAAGGAACGAGACUUAUUUGUUGUUUAUUCAGAUGACAGUGCCAGUAGAGAGGAGCCUUCUUCGACAGUGGAAGAGGUUGAAACCAAGUCUUAUAACGGCCAAAACAGUGAGGAGAGCCCGAGAGAAGAACUGAACGAGGGUUAGUUCAAGUGCUACACUUGUCGGUCGCUAAUAGGGUAUUUGACAUUUUCUGUCAGAACUUUUGAUAUACAAAUAUUUAAGCCUCUAUUUUAUAGCCAAUUUUUUUUUAAAUAUUUUGUAAUGUUAUAAAUGUUGUCUCUGUAUAUAUUCAGACGAGGAAGCGACGCACAAUGUUAGCAGAGUCUCACACAAACUCAGACAGACAUAGAAAAACUGGCAAAAUGUAAGACCAUUAAAUAACAUUUAUAAUUUGUAUUAAUAUUGUUAUUAAUAAUACAUGUUGGUCUAUUUUGUUUAACUAUGUUAAUGUUUAUUAUAUCCUUUAUUUAAUAAUUGGAAUGAUCCCUAAAUGAUCCCUACAGAAUAGAAAAGAAAUAGAACAGCUUUCACCCCAGGCCUUUUACCAAUCGCUUAACAUGAAUCGUUAAACAUAAAUGAGCCUAUACAAUUUAACCGACACCAUUCAGCCUAUACCGUUUAGCCUAAACCCCGAAGCAAUUUUCAACCCGUAUUGAUUUUCUAUUUUUAACACAUUUGUUCGUUCCUUUUCUACAGACGAAUUGCAGAAACAACUCGUGGAGCUAAGGAAGAAACUGGAACGAGAAUUCCAACAUUUAAAAGGUAUAAUUCAGUAGGCAGGUUUCCAUUGACCCAGGAUUAUUCCACGCUGGCUGGCUGGCUGGCUGGACAAAAGCAAUGUCGCAAAAAAAUAUAUCAUUGUGACACGUGUAAUGGAAACGGCAGAUAUAGGAGACAUUUUCUAAAGAUCAACAACAUUUUUAUCUGUUCGACGGUGUAUUUCUCUUUUGUCGAACUAACUUUUCUGCGACAAAUGAUGAUGGAAACGGUGUUUUUAGGAUAAAUGAUGAUGGAAACGGUGUUUUUAGGAUAAAUGAUGAUGGAAACGGUGUUUUUAGGAUAAAUGAUGAUGGAAACGGUGUUUUUAGGAUAAAUGAUGAUGGAAACGGUGUUUUUAGGAUAAAUGAUGAUGGAAACGGUUGUUUUUAGGAUAAAUGAUGAUGGAAACGGUGUUUUUAGGAUAAAUGAUGAUGGAAACGGUGUUUUUAGGAUAAAUGAUGAUGGAAACGGUGUUUUUAGGAUAAAUGAUGAUGGAAACGGUGUUUUUAGGAUAAAUGAUGAUUGCGGAAUACUUCUGAAGGUACGCGGGGCACGUGAUGUCAUCACGUAACUAUAAGCUCCGCUCCACAUUUCAUUGUAAAUGCCUAGUUUACUGCUUGCAAAUAUUCUUUUUUUUUCAAGUUAUAAAAAUAAUGUUUCUUUGCAGGACAGGGAUUAUCCUGAGUUUCAAGAAUGCCAGAAUUGCUUCGCCUUGCUUUUCUGGUUGGCUGGCAAGUUUCACCAUCCAAUUAUUUCAGAUCUACAGGAGUGGCAGCGUCACCAUGGCAUCGACUAGCCUAGGCAGCCCACCGUGCCUGGGCAGCCCACCGUGCCUGGGCAGCCCACCGUGCCUGGGCAGCCCACCGUGCCUAGGCAGCCCACCGUGCCUGGGCAGCCCACCGUGCCUAGGCAGCCCACCGUGCCUGGGCAGCCCACCGUGCCUGGGCAGCCCACCGUGCCUGGGCAGCCCACCGUGCCUGGGCAGCCCACCGUGCCUGGGCAGCCCACCGUGCCUAGGCAGCCCACCGUGCCUGGGCAGCCCACCGUGCCUAGGCAGCCCACCGUGCCUGGGCAGCCCACCGUGCCUGGGCAGCCCACCGUGCCUGGGCAGCCCACCGUGCCUAGGCAGCCCACCGUGCCUAGGCAGCCCACCGUGCCUGGGCUCCAGAUCCGUGGCGAUACGGUAGACACAUGACCAUUAUUAGAAUGUGGCAAAUAUUAGAACACCUGAAAAAAAUAACAAAUAAAAAACACUGGACAAGUUCAUGGAAACUAAGCUAUUGUUCAUCUGAUCAAAUUUCACAGUUUAAUAGUUUUUGAUUCCAACGGGUUAGAGUAUAUUUUUUUAUGAGUGUUUCUCUUCAUGUCAUGCUUGUCAUGAUCAGCAUCGUGAACGCUGAACAAAAACAAGUCGAUUAGGUUUUGCACUACGUUUUAUUUGACAAUGCCGUGUUCACGUGCUAGUCGGAUCUAGGAAACUCUGAAAUGUCGACUUGCUAACUGGUUGUAGUUAUAUACGUGCCGUGUUCAACCAGUUAGCAAGUCGGACAUUUCUGGGUUUCCUUGUUCCGAGUAGUAUGUGAACGCGGGAUUAGUGCAUGCUAGUUUUGUAUUGCAUGGUUCGAUUGUCAUUUAUGUUUCUAUCAAACGCAUAUGGCUAUUUGUUGCACCUGCAAUGGUAAUUUAGGAAGCUAGAUUCCAUUUUGCCCCGGUAGGAUGACAUGUUAAAAGAAUAGCCGAGUAGGCUAGUUUAUAGGCUACACUAAAGAUGACUAAGCUAUUCUAAUUGCUCCCCAGAUAAUUUCCAUGAUCAGAUGAAAAGGGAGCUGUCCUACAGAGAGGAGAUGUUUCAGCAGCUUCAUAUUGUCAGAGGUGAGAACGUACCGACCAUUCAGACUGAGGCAUACUGGUAUAAAAGACUAGCUGCUUACAAUUUCGUUAAUAAAGUGGGACCAUUAAACAGCAGCAACAAGUGUUGAUG